UUUUUUUUGUAUAUAUUGUUAAGAAAAUUUCAGGUACUUCAUUGAAGGUCAUAUGAGAACAGGGAUCGGUGUUGUUUCUUGAGAGAGAAUGGCUUCAACACCUUGUGCAGCAUGCAAGCUUUUGAGGCGUAAAUGCACACAAGAAUGUGUGUUUGCUCCGUAUUUCCCACCAACUAAUCCUCAAAAGUUCAUAUGUGUUCACAAAGUCUUUGGAGCAAGCAAUGUUACCAAGAUCCUUAACGAUCUCCCUCCUGACCAGCGCGAGGAGACUGUUAACUCCCUCUUCUAUGAAGCUGAGGCUCGUAUACGCGACCCAAUCUAUGGAUGUGUUGGUCUUAUCUCUUUCUUGCAGCAAUACCUCAAGAAAGUCCAACAAGAUCUUGUCACUGCUAAAGAAGAGCUUGUUGGUUACAUGGGACCUGAUGCUGUGAUUCCGCCGCCUUAUCUUCCUCCUCUAGGUAACAAUCCUCCACCCAAUUUCAUGAUGUCUAUGGAUGGAAUGCCACCUGGAGUGAUCCCUCAUGGAGAACCUUUGAUGAUACGCGAACCAAACUUGUCUCAACAGCAUCAACCACAAGAUGAUCAGUUGCAAUACAUAGCUUCUGAUGCUCAGAGAAUGGCAGCAAUGAUUAUGGACAGAGGAGACCAACAAGGGAUAUUCAAUGGUUACGGAAUUGACAACAAUGGCUCGGUUACAGCCACAGGUUAUAACCAAAUGGAUGUGAAUCAUGAUCAUGGUGCUGGUGGGUCAUUGUCUGGACCAUCUCUUGCUUUAGGAAACUUUGCUGAUCCUUAUCAAAUGGGUCAAGAGACAGAACAUGGUCAUAUAAACCAUGAUCAACUUCAGACACAGCUCAUGCUUCAGCCUCCAUUACAAGAAGGUCAAGAGCAAACAGAAGAAGCACAGUUUCUUAUGCAACCAAUGGGACAAGAGAAUCUCCAUGAAGAAGAGGGGGAGGCAGAGCUUGAACCACCGGUUAAAUGGAGGAAAUCUGAGAGCAAGGAAGCUAGUUAUUAAGAAACAAACAAGGCACCUUAAUCGCAAUAAAAAGAAACAAAAUACAUUUCCUUCAUUUCUUGGAUAGUUACUA